AUGUCCAUCAGCAUCACUGACUUCGCCUUUGACUUGUAUCAUCACUUUUGUUCUUGGUCCCAAACCUCCAACAUCUUAUUCUCCCCAGUGAGCAUUGCCACAGCCUUUACAAUGCUCUCCCUGGGAACCAAGGGCAACACUCACAAGCAGAUCCUGGAGGGGCUGAAGUUCAACCUCACAAAGAUGCCUGAGGAUCUCAUCCAUGAAUGCUUCCAUCAUUUCCUCAAUUCUUUCCACCAGCCACAGAUAACUACUGGCAGCAGCUUUUUCCUUGACCAGAGUCUAAAGCUGGUGCAGCAAUUCAAGGAGGAGAUAGAGAAGAUGUAUUACUCAGACAUAAUGCUCAUCAACUUCACAGACAACAUGGCUGCAAGACAGAUCAACAACUACCUGGAGCAGAAGACUCAUGGAGAAAUAGUGGAAGCGAUGAAGGAUCUAGAGAAAGACACAGCUUUUGUCCUGAUGAAUUAUAUUGCCUUCUAUGGCAAGUGGCAAAGUGAGUUCUCUGUGGAGCACACUGUGGAAGAGGACUUCUAUGUGGAUAGUGACACCACCGUGAAAGUGCCCAUGAGCCACUGCCGUGGUCAAUUCUUCCUGUACCGGGAGCUGGAGCUUGACAGCUGGGUGAUGGUGCAUCACUACGUGGGGGACACCACUGGUUUCUUCUUCCUGCCUGACCUUGGGAAGAUGCGCCACCUGGAGACAUCCUUGAACCACAGACACUUUGAAAAUAUCUUGAGAAACAUGGCUUUAAGGUCUGCGGAUGUGUACUUCCCCAAACUGUCCAUCUCUGAAACCUAUGACCUGAAGACAAUGCUGACCCAGAUGGGCAUCACGCAGGUCUUCAGCAACGAGGCUGACCUCUCAGGGGUCACAGAAGAUGCUCCCCUGAAGCUCUCCAAGUCUAUACAUAAGGCCAUGCUGACCUUUGAUAACGAAGAGAUGGAAGCCUCAGAAGAAAUUAAUUUGGAUGCUAUGACAAGAACACUGCCACCCUCUUUGUCCUGGACCCUCUUCUUGCUGCCAGGCCUGUGCUGCCUGCUCCCCAGCUCCCAGGCUGAAGACAUCCUGCAGGAGGGCGCUUCUGACUAUGGCAACUAUCAGGAGCCUUCACACUGCCAGAAGGUUGCCCUUACCAUCGCCAGCUUCUCCUUUUCCUUACUCUGA